AGCUCUACAAUUCCAUGUCCAGUCCUGGUCACCCAUAGUCUUGCAAAAUCCAGCAAGAAAAAUCCUUCUCAGAAAGAUGUCCAAUGCGUGUGACCUCAUCUUCCUUUGCAUCCUAUUCCACUCCAGGACUAUGCCAGUUUAUGGCCAUGCUCCCAACAGCAGGUCACCUCCUGUCCCUCCUGCUGAUGAUAGGCACAGGGGGUACUGUGCCCAGCCCCCUGGUGCCUCCCCGGGGCUGCUACGUGGCAAAGGAAGCAGGUGAACAGACGUUCCGCUGCAGCCAGGCAGGUCUGAGGACUGUGCCCUCUGGCAUCCCCAACAACACCCGCAAGCUCUACCUCGAUGCCAACCAGCUGGCAUCUGUGCCUGCUGGUGCCUUCCAGAACCUGCCUGUCCUGGAGGAGCUGGAUCUGUCCCAUAAUGCCCUUGCCCACCUCUCAGGGGCGGCUUUCCAGGGCCUGGAGGGCACGCUGCGCCACCUCGACCUCUCUGCCAACCAGCUGGCCUCGGUGCCCGUGGAGGCCUUUGUGGGACUACAGAUCCAAGUGAACCUAUCCGCCAACCCAUGGCACUGCGACUGCGCCCUCCAGGAAGUGCUCCAGCAGGUGAGGCUGGCGCCAGGCACUGGGACAGGCAUCGUGUGUGGCCCAGGAGCCCGACCGGACCUCGUGGGGCAGGAGUUCCUGCUGCUGGCAGGGGAGGAAGAGCUGUGUGGGGCAGGGUGGGGCGGGGCCCGGAGGAGCACCGAUGUGGCCCUGCUGGUCACCAUGGGGGGCUGGCUGACACUCGUGGUGGCUUAUCUGGUGCGUUAUGUGUGGCAGAACCGAGAUGAGACUCGGCGCUCCCUCAAGCGGGCCCCAGUGCUGCCCGUGCGUUCUGAGGAUUCCUCCAUCCUCAGCACAGUGGUCUGA